AUGAAGAGAAGUCGCAGUGUAAAAAUCAAAGGACAAACUUUAACCAUUGAGGGGCAUAAUGGAGAGGAAGAUAUGAUGGGCAGAGUAACAUGGUUGCCGGUUCAGGAGUUAAUUAGGGGGUGGACGGAUAGCGAUAUAAGCAGAAGUUUAUAUAUAACUGACAAGCAGGAUUGUAAUGAUAAUCAGGCAUUGAGACCUUAUAGAGAACCAAAAGAGUACUCUAGGGGAAGGAGAAUGGAAAUAAGACAGAGUUUUGAGCCGCAAAGGAAAGGGGGAAUGAAUUGUUAUAAUUGUGGUAAACCAGGUCAUAUGCUUAGAGAUUGUCGUGAUACAAAGUGUUUUGGUUGUGGGAAAUUUGGUCAUAUAGCCCCUUACUGUCCUGGCAAACAGGAAAGGUUGAGAUGUGCGGGUUGUGGACGCUUUGGACAUAAUAAAGAGGAUUGUAAUGUAAGCAGUUACAGUAAUAAGAAUGGUUUUCCGGAGAGGGGGAUGGGUCCAAAUGCUUCAAAUGUAAGGACUAUUAAGCGAGAGAAAGUGGAAGGGGUUCGUGCGAUCAAUGUCAAGGAAACGGGGGAGAUGGAUAUGGAGUGUUUUAGGUGUCGAGGGGCGGGACAUGUGGCGAGGGACUGUGAGAAUGUGUGA